AUGGAGGAACGCGAUGCAGCAGCAGCAGCAGCAGCAGCAGCAGUAGCUGCUGCUGCUGGUGGACGGGGGGCUCUGGUUGGCCCCCGUCUUAGCAGCAGCGGGGGCCUUCUUGAUAGAAGGCAUCAGCAGGAGAGGCGGGGGCAGCAGCAGCUCAGCUCCUCUCACUCUUUCUCUUCUGCUGCUUCUCUCGAGCUAGAUGAGCUGCAGGACAGAGGCUUCAGGGGCCGCUUUGCCUCCCGUAGAUUCGGCUCGUAUGCUGAGCUGCAGCAGCAGCAGCAGCAGCAGCAGCAGCAGCAGCAGCAAAUGCUGCACUUUGGUGACAGCGAAAUCGAGGAACUGAGAGAGGCCUACAGCAAGGUACGAAGCCCCCCGAGUAGGGGAGGGGCAGCAUCAGCAGCAGAUGUGCUGCAGCAGCAGCAGCAGCAGCAGCAACAGCAGCAGCAGCAGCAACGGCAGCAGCAACUAAGACUUAGUAUGGAGGAGCGGAAAGGGAUGGUGCGAGUCAGCAGCAGAGACAAAAGAGGUGCUGCUCUCGUUGCUGCUGCUGCUGCUGCUGCUUCACCUGACACAGCAGCAGACAACGAAACACACCUCAUCCCGCCCUCCACAAGAGGCAGCAGCAGCAACAGCAGCAGCAGCAGCAGCAGCAGCAGCAGCAGCAGCAGCAGGACCCCCUUUGAUGAGAUCCCCGUGGCUCUAGCAGCAUCAGGGGAGGGGCCUACCCCCUUCGAGGCUCUGCUGCAGCGGGCGCUGCAGCAGGAAGCAGAGAGCAGCAGCAGAGACACAACAUCUUCUGCACACAUACAGCAGCAGCAGCAGCAGCAGCAGCAGAGUCAACGCCUGAGUGCGUCUGAAGGCGAAGAUGAAGACACCUCUGCAGCAGCAGCAGCAGCAGAAGCAGCAGCAGCAGAAGCAGCAGCAGCAGAAGCAGCAGCAGCAGAAGCAGAAGAGAGACAGGCGCACAGGGAUACACGCUUGUUCGCUGAUGAGGCCCCCACCAGGGGCUUGCUGCUGCAAAGACAGCGGCAGCAGCAGCUGCAGCAGCAGCAGCAGCAGCUGCAGCAGCAGCAGCAGCAGCAGCAGAGGCAGAAGCACCAACAGCAGAUGCCGCUUCAUGAGGAUCCAGAGCAGCAGGAUGAGAGUGAGGCGGAGGAUGAUGACUGGCUUGGUGAGCAGCUGCAGCAGCUGCAGCUGCAGCAGCAACAGUUGCAGCAGCAGCAACAGCAGCAGCAGCAGCAGCAGCAGCACGGCAGGCACCCGAUAUCCUCCCGAAAGCAAAACCCAUCAUCAGCAGCAACUGCAGCAGCAGCUGCAGCAGCUGCUGCUACUGCUGCUGCUGAGGAUGGGACGCCGCUGGCGUCGCCUAGAUCACUGCAGCAGCAGCAGCAGCAGCAGCAGCAACAGCAGCAGCAGCAACAGCAGCAGAGCGACGAUGGAGAUGAAGCUGAGGAGACAGUCGACCUCCGCAUGCUUCCGCAAUGGCAACAGACACAAUCCAGCCAUCAGCACCGGCAGCUGCAGCAGCAGCAGCAGCAGCAGCAGCAGCAGCAGCAGCAGCAGCAACAGCAGCUGCGCGCUGGGGAAGAAGAGGCUCAGCUGCUGUCGCCGCCGCAGCGCCCGCGUCUGAUAUCUUUUGCAGAUGAAUUUGGUGCUGCAGCAGCAGGAGAAGCAGCAGCAGCAGCAGCAGCAGCAGCAGCAGCAGCAGGUGACGGCAGCAGCAACGGAGCCUUGCAGCUUUCUGCUGCUGCUGCUGAAGAGAGCGAACGGGAGCUCUUUAAGUCUCGCAUGGAGAUCCUCAAGCUGCAGAUGGGCAGGCUGCGGGAGAGCGAAGACCGCUUACGAAACAUUUCAGCUGAGCUCCGCCAGCAGAGAGCAGACCUUGAAGCAGAACGAGGGCGGUUACAUUCAACUAUGAAUGAGCAGCACCAGCAGGCGCUGCAGGAGAUAAACGCAUGCAGGCAGCAGCUGCAGCAGCAGAAGCGUCGGCUAGCAGCGGAGAGAGAACGGCUGCGAGAGGGGCUCGCUCAGCAGCAUCAGCAGCAGCAGCAGCAGCAGCUGCUGCAGCAGCAAGUUAUAGAGCUGAAGGAGGAGCUGCAGAGUCUACGGAGUCGCUAUCGCUCUGCUCACACUCGAUGGGCAGCAGAGAAGCAGCAGCUGCAGCAGCAGCUGGAGGAAGCAAAGGCGGAGCUGAGGCUGGCUGUUGCUGCUGGAAACCCCCCGCAUGCAGCAGCAGCUGCAGCAGCAGCAGCAGCAGCAGCAGCAAGGAGAUACCCUGGGAGGCCUUCAUCUGUCUCUGGGCGCAGCACACCCCUUUCUCUCCGUCGUCAGCAGCAGCAGCAGCAGCAGCAGCAACUGCAGCAGCAGCAGCAGCAGCAGCAGCAUAGAACGCAAGCUGCUUCAUCUGCUUCUCGUCGGCGUCUCAGCGCCAGCAGCACGAGCAGCAUCCGCAGCGGCAGUUGCUGCAGCACUUCGCGUUGGGAGCAGCAGCAGCAGCAGCAGCAGCAGCAGCAGCACCUGCAGCAGCAGCAGCAGCAGCAGCAGCAGCUGCAGCAGCAGCUGCAGCUGGAGUCGUCUCCGCUGCUCUCCCCCUCUGCUUUAGAGGACCCUGAGUGGCAAGACACAGCAGCAUGCAUGCUUGAGCAGGGGCUUGCUGCUGCUGCUGCUGCUCCUGCUGCUGCUGCUGCUGCUGCUGCUGCUGCUGCUGGUGAUCCGCCCUCGGCCUUGGGGCGCCUUGCGGCUACGGUGGCAGACAGCCUGAGGCAGCAGCAGCAGCAGCAGUUGCUGCUGCAGCAGCAGCAGCAGCAACUGCUGCAGAACAGCUCUUCUUUGCUGCCAGCAACAGCCUUCAUAUCUCCUACAGAUUCUUUCGGUAGACACAACCCGCAGCAGCAGCUGUUAUACGAGCAGCAGCAGAUGCUGCAGCAGCAGCAGCAGCAGCUGAUGCAGCAGCAGCAGCUACUAUUGCAGCUCUCUCAAUCUCUUGCUGCAGCAGGGGGUCCUUCAGCAGCAUCUAAGCCUCAUCAACGCCAGAAGCAGCAGCAGCAGCACCAACACCAGCACCAGCACCAGCACCAGCAGCAGCAGCAGCAGCAGCAGCAGCAUUCAAGCGUGCUGCUGCAGCAACCCGAAGCCUCACAAAGCAGCACGUCAACCAGAGAGAGCAGCACCCACCACAGCAGCAGCAUCCCCCUAGAAGCAGAGCCGCUGCUGCCGCCAGAGAUACACACACACUCUGCUGCCUUUCCCUUUGACUCACACAAAGCAGCAGCAGCAGCAGCAGCAGCAGCAGCAGCAGCAGCAGCAGAGGCAGCAGAAGCAGAAACAGCAGCAGCAGCAGAAACAGCAGCAGCACCAUCUGCUGCUCCGACGGGGCCGUCGGCAACCACGGAUUCAGCAGCUACUGCAACUGCAGCAGCAGCAGCAGCAUCAGCAGCAGCAGCUGCUGCUGCUGCUGCUGCUGGGGGCCAGCAGCAAAAGGAGGCUCUGCUGGCUGAAGGCCAAGAGGCGGCAGCUACUGCAACUGCAGCAGCAGCAGCAGCAUCAGCAGCAGCAGCAGCAGUAGUAGUAGUAGUAGUAGUAGUAGUAGUAGUAGUAGUAGUAGUAGUAGCGGUAGUAGCUGCAGCAGCAGCAGCAGAAACAGCAGCAGCAGAAACUGCAGCAGCAGUAACCCCACUGCAGCAGCAGCAACAGCAGCAGCAUCCUCAUCAUCCUUAG